UGGUUUCUAUGGCAACAGGAGAUGUAGUAAAAUCUCCAAAAUGUUGUGAUGUGUGUGCAUUGUGUGUAGUGGGGGAUUGUGCUGCAGAACAUGGAUGUGAGUGCAGAGCUGGCAGGGCGCAGUGUGUGACUCCAUUCCUACUUUGGUAGAGGGACAUUUUUUGGCUGACACAACACACAGGCCCCGUUUUGUGCAUAAAAUGUGUGUGUUCCGUACGAGCCAGUGGUUGGCUGCCUUUCCGGACAUGAUGUGGUUGAAUCUGUCAUCGUAAUGGAAAUUCAUUGCUGUAGCUAUGGUAAAUGGAGUUUUCUGCCUGUGCUGAAUGCAUUAGUCUAAUGAGAUGUUUGCAGCUGGAGAGCUGAGCUGCUGGAGGAGACUUCCAGCCUGAGAAGAGACACGAGAAGAUGGCUCUGCUGUGUACAGUCCAUGCCCUGGCGACCAGCUGUCCUCCCUGCCACUACACCCUGUGAGGGCACUGCCAACUGCUCUGCAAUAAGGUCUUUCCUGGUUAAUGAAUCAUUCUAUACUAAAGGUGAGAGAGCACAGUGCAGAGAUGCAGUCGCCUAGAAUACCUGGCAGGAAGCGAGGGAGACCUCCACUCCAUUCCAACCCCCUGAAAAUGACUGUUCACAACUUAUAUUCAGGGGCAGCUGGAUCCAUCCCGACUGUAAAAAUUCCAAAGAAAAGAGGGAGAAAGCCUGGCUUUAAGUAUAUAAGGGCUCCUGCACCACUGUUCACCUUACCCGAUGAAGGGUCCAUAGCCAACUCGAAACGUUGUUACUCUCUGCAUGCCCUCACAAUAAAUCUUCAAGCAUUGCAUCUUCAGAGUCUGAAAUCUCGUGUUGUAAUGACCCCAUUAGCAAUUUCGCCUCCUCGCAGCACUCCAGAACCAGACAUCAGUUCUAUUCCUCAGGAUGCAGCUACCGUGCCCAAUUCUGCUGUUCCACAGGCACUUACAGUUUGUAUUUAUGUGAACAAACAAGGUAACACUGGACCCUAUCUUGACAGAAAAAAGGUGCAGCAACUCCCUGACCACUUUGGACCAGAGCGUCCUUCCAUGGUGCUCCAGCAAGCAGUUCAAGCCUGCAUUGACUGUGCUCAUCAGCAGAAGAGCGUCUUCUCCCUUGUAAAACAGGGUUAUGGAGGAGAAAUGGUUUCAGUUUCUGCUUCAUUUGAAGGAAAACAGCAUCUUCUCAGCCUUCCUGUGGUGAACAGCAUAGGAUAUGUACUGCGAUUCCUCAAGAAGCUGUGCCGCAGCCUCAUCUGUGACAAUCUGUUCAGCAAUCAACCCUUUAUACAAUAUAGCACCACUUCAGACAACCCCAAGGAAUAUGAUACUGGAAGGAUGGAGUCAGAAACUGUAAUUCCAGAAGAUUACUUGGUUGACCCUGUGAAUACAAAACGAUACAGUGUUGAUCCUUCAGAUUCUGCCUACAACUACAUGGGGCGUCUCUACCCUGUGAGACAGAACAAUGGAGAAGGACGGCUGGGAGGGGGAAGUGGUGGAAGUUCUUCCUCUUCAUGCAACCAUAGGUCCAGUCAGAUGUCUUCAGGAGGUCAAUCCUCGACAGGAUUAAGGCGCCAGACAUCAAGUCCCACUAGAAGUGGAAGUUAUCUUGAGGGAAACAGAAGUGCCUCAAGCCCUUCUCCUGAAAACCAGGAGUCAGUAAGACCAUCUAGCAAGGAUCCAUCCAAUUGGACUGUAGAAGAUGUUGUCUGGUUUGUGAAGGAUGCGGAUCCACAGGCAUUGGGCCCACAUGUUGAUCUUUUCAGAAAACAUGAGAUUGAUGGCAAUGCCUUGCUUCUUCUGAGGAGUGACAUGAUUAUGAAGUAUUUGGGACUAAAACUGGGACCUGCUCUUAAACUUUGCUACCAUAUUGAUAAGCUGAAACAAGCAAAGUUCUGAUCAUUGAAUAGCAUUAAUACUGUAAGAUGGUUGUAACAUGUUGCCUUAUGAAAAGGCCAUUCUGACACCUUUUUAUUUUUCAUAGGCUUGUGUUAUAUAUAAAAUACAGUAGUUGUGUCAUUUUUGUUACUGAAGAGGUGUGCAGCUCAUUGCUCUAAAUAUGAGUGACAUCAAUGUAGACGGCUAUUGGAACACAUUGGCAUAAGUAGCAUGGAACUGCAGGCAAAACCCCAAACGCUUUGUACAGCAGGUGCUGUGAAAUAUUCCAGGAUACCGACAACGUGAAACGGAGAAUUGCCAUAUGAACUUAAAACUCUCGAAAACCUUAACGUAUUAGCUUUGUAUUGCAAGUGUAUGACAUUUCUCUGACACAACACGUUUUUAUAAAGCUGACACACAAUGCUUGCAGGGAUAGUUGUAGCUGUCCCAUAACCACAGUCCUUUUUGUAAUAGCAGUAUAUGUAACUGUUAUCAUCCUCUAUAUGUAUGUCUACUGUACACGGUGAUACAUAUGUUGAAGCUUUCUGUAUGCAGUUAAACUAAGCUCUGUAUGUAUGCAUUCACUGCUUGUGGAGGGCCCAACAUUUUAUUCCACAAAUAUAAAUUAUGCUGUACAUACAUUUUUACUCACACCUUUAUUUUACUUGUCUACUCUCAUUCCAGAGAUCUCACCAAUGACAUUUACAGGCCAUUACUACAGCUUAUUCUUUGCCAUGGCUCCUGGUUAUAUGAAUAGCAAAAACUUGGAUGCUAACCAGCUUUUAAAGGGGUUGUCCACAGGAUAGGGGAUAAGUGUCUGAUCGCAGGGUGGUGGGAUGGUGGACUGACUACUGGGACCCCCUGCAGUUUCCAGAACGAGGCCCCGGCUCCCAGAGAGAGCAUGCUGCAAAAGUCAUGCGCUCCAAUAAUUUCUAUGAGAGAGCUGGAAAUACCUGAGUGCUGUACUCGGACCCUCUGCGAUCAUGCACAUAUCCCCUGUGGAUAAGGGAUAAAUUGUGUUUCACUUGACAACACCUUUAAUCCAGCUCCCAUUCAUGGGUACAUGCAUAUAAUUCCUUUUGUACUGUAUGCCAUUCUACAGCUGACCUACCUAAAGUCUUCAUAUUCCAGCUGUUUUCUAGAAAGAAAAUGGUUUAAAUAAAUACAGUAUAUUUUUUGACAUAGUUAUAGUCCUUUAUGUCUUUAAAAUGUGAGAAAACAUUUUUCAAAUAUCAUAUGACUACAGGAAAAACUCAUAUCCCACUCCCACCUGUUUGCCACACUCCGUUAUUAAAAGGGUACUCCACUGGAAAACAUUUGUAAAUUACUUCUAUUAAAAAAUCUUAAUCCUUAUAGUACUUAUCAGCCGCUGUUGUUAUGAUCCACAGGAAGUUCUUUUCUUUUUGAAUUUCCUUUCUGCCUGACCACAGUGCUCUCUACUGACACCUCUGUCCAUGUCAGGAACUGUCCAAAGCAGGAUAGGUUUUCUAUGGGGAUUUGCUCCUACUCUGCACAGUUCCUAAAAUGGACAGAGGUGUCAGCAGAGAGCACUUUGGUCAGGCAGAAAGGAAACUCAAAAAGAAAAGAACUUCCUGUGAAUCAUAUAGCUGAUAAGUACUGGAAGGAUUAAGAUUUUUUAAUAGAAGUAAUUUACAAAUCUGUUUAACUUUCUGGCACCAGUUGAUAAAAAAAAUAUUGCAGUGGAGUACCCCUUUAAGGUACUCUACAGUAUGGGGACAUUCCCCUUCCCUCCCGUGUUUUAGUCUCUAUUAUCAUUUUCUGUAAGGCUAGUCAACUGUCUAAUGUGCAUAGGGGCCUCCUCUGACAGAUUAUUUCGGCAGAGAGCAGAAUCAGGCAUAUUGGGUGUCAACUUUUGUUUCAGGAAGUUGAUAUAAGUCCAUUAUGCUGAUUCCCCAUAAAAAACAUUGUCUUCUCCUAUAUUACAUGCUCUUUUAAAAUAUGUAAAUCGCAUUAAGGCUAGGUUCACAUUGCCAGAUAAUUUUUAUUGAAGUUUAGUGGAGCCCAUUCACACUGCCAUCAGGCUCUGUUGGGUGGAGCUCCGUCAGCAGUUCCGUCAAGUUUAGUGGAGAGAAAAAUCAUGCAAGCACACCCAAUGGACCCAAUGCAAGUGAAUAGGAUCUAUCGGGACCUGGCAGUAGCAGUUUCCAUCCGACCCCCUUCAGAGUCCAAUCGGCUCAGAAAAAAAAAAGAGCCAAUUGGACCCUUAACUGGUCCAAUGCGAAUGGCAAUGUGAACCUAGCCUUAAAGGGGUCCUCCAGUGGAAAGCUUUUUUUUUUU